CCCCGGUGCAGGCAUGGCGGGCUGGGGGCGGCUGGCGCGGCUCGGCGGGCGGCUCUGGGCGGCCGCGGAGGCGCCGAGGGCUCCCGGCCACAGGGGGCAGCUGGGCUUGCUAGUCAGGCACACUAAUAGUGCAACGUGGUGGCACGAACAUCUUUCUGAAGAGAAUGUGGAGUUCCUGAAGAAGAUAACUGCGGAGGAAUACAAAGCUCAGACAGCCAGCAAGCUCUGCCCUCUGAAAGAUGAGCCAUGGCCACUGAAUGAGUGGACACCAGAUUCCAUCAGAGUUGGUGUUGUUGCAGUAAAACUGGGAAUGAUGCCAAUAUGGACCAAGUCAGGAAAAAAACAUGCUGUCACACUACUUAAGGUGCAGGAUUGUCAUGUUUUAAAAUACAUUUCAAAGGAAGAGUCGGGUGGAAAGACAGCUCAGCUGCUUGUUGGAGGCAAAAACGUAUCACCUUUUUCUAAACCAGAGUCUGCACAUCAGAUUUUUAAAGAAGCUGGAGUACCACGAAAGCAGAAAGUUACAACAUUUAAAGUAACAGAUGAUGCCAUAAUUAAGCCAGGUACUCCAUUGUAUGCUGCUCACUUCCGCCCAGGGCAGUUCGUGGAUGUUACUGCGAAAUCAAUUGGUAAAGGAUUUCAAGGUGUCAUGAAAAGGUGGGGAUUUAAAGGUCAACCUGCGAGCCACGGCCAGACAAAAACUCACAGAAGACCUGGAGCGAUAUCUACUAGUAAAGCUUCCAAAGUUUAUCGUGGAAAGAAAAUGCCAGGAAAAAUGGGUAACAUCUAUAGGACAUCUUUUGGAUUAAAGGUGUGGAGGAUCAACACAGUUCAUGACAUUAUUUAUGUAAAUGGCUCUGUUCCAGGUCACACCAAUUGUCUGGUGAAGGUCAGAGACAGCAAAUUGCCUACUUGCAAGGAAUACAAUAAAAACCCUCCGUUCCCUACGUUUUUUGCUGAUGGAGAUGAAAAACUACCAGAAGACCUUUUUGAUGAGGAAAUUUUCCAGUUCACGGAUCCAUCUAUUACAUAUACAUAAUGUUCUUCACGUCUUUGAAAACACAAUUUUGUUAUUUUCAUGAACUUUGCAAUUCUGUCUGAAAGAAAACCUAUGAAUUGCAGUCUGGCCAACUGAGUUAAACACUUCAGAUAUUGACAUUUUGGUCAGUUAAUCGGAUUUCCCACUCUCAACUUCAAACCUGUACUUAAAGCAACCGGUGAAUCUGAGGGACAGGUUGUAAAGCACACCAAACAGUGUGUCUUCAGUGAGCUUUUGUCCUUUGCCUCAGGCUGUGAAAACUUACACAUUUCUGAAAAACUGUUGUUUUAGAUGGUUCCAGUUCAUUUUCUAAAUGCUAACAAACUCGGUUUCUUUCUUAUGUAAAGUAUUCUGGGCAACUCUGAUCAAUUAAAAAAGGUUCCAAAUCUGCCUUGGCAUUGGGGGGGGGGGAGAUCUGUGAAGAAUAAUCCAAAAUAAAACAAGAAAAUUCAUUGCUCUGCAGCAGCACAAGCUUGGUUUGCUUCCUUCUUUUCCCCAGAGCUCUUUUUCUUCUUUUGCUUUAACAUUGUGUUAAUUGUAGCAGAUACCCAACAAAUUUUCUAGGAGGAGGAUGAUGCUGGCCAAGUGUAGGGUGAGGGGGUGUUUGGUUUGGAAACGUUCAGUAACAAAGCAGCACUAAGGCUGCAGUGGCCACCUGUUUGUUGCCUUUGCUAACAGCUUGUUCUGAUCUUAGCAGAGGGUCCCUUGAAUGCUCUCUGGAGAAAUAUCUCCACACCUACCAUUUUCUCUGUAUUGGAUUCCUAAGCUGUUACAGGAAAGCUAUUAUUAAGAAAGCAGGUAAAAUGUGAGGGAUUUGUCUUUAUGAUAGUGCUCAUUUUUCUUCUGCCCGACCUUUCAGUAGUAGCUGGAAUCAUUGCGCUCCUUUUAUUUUUCAUCUUGCAUGAUUUACUAUUUAUAAGUUUGAUCUUUUGAACACUGUAAAUCCUCUCACCAACAGAAGUAAGUACCUGCCUGUCAGUACCAUCCGAGCACUUGCAAGUCCUACAGUAGUUCAAGAACUUGCAGACAAGUUACCAUUAAUACUGUGGCAGUGCUGUCUACUUCUCUUUGCAGCUUCAUCACAAGACAUCAAACUCCUAAAGCCCUUACUAAUACUAUCCAAUUUAAAAGUCCUUGUGGUGACUUCCAAUCACUGAAGAUAUUUUGAUUUAUUUUUUUGUGAUUGCUUGAAGAAACCGCGUGCCAUCUUAUAAAGGCUCUGUAUAGCUGCUGGCUUGUAGUAGACUGGGAGUGAUCAUCAGAGACUGUGGUAUGGAAAUAUGAACUGGUGUAUAUCUGCAUUGUGGGGUAUCCUUUUUGCUCAAUUCAGUUGAAUAUAAAAUGUAAUUCAAAUAAGUGCACCACAAUGCUGAAGAAACAGCAGACAUGAUGCAAAAAGCAGGUAGCAAACACCAAGUGUUGUGUUUCGGCUGUGAUAUUGUUAGUGAGUGACACCUCUUACCUCUUCUAGAUAGUUACCAUUUCCUGAGGAGGAGAUUGGUUUUCAAUUUCUUGGUUGCAAAACAGAUUUUAAAAGUUACAGCUUUUCAGGUUUGCUUGCUGUGGAACACACGUAAAUCAGGGAGUGUCCCAAUAUGUAGCCCACUCUUCUGCUGCUCUGGUUUAGGGGAUAAUUCUAACACACAUAACCUUUUCUUGAGGAGCUUUGUUGUUGGUUUUUUGCUUUACUUGGUAAUUGACACUGGACUAUGACAGAGGUGACCAUACAGAGACAUAUCUUUUCGUAUUUGGUUUCUCAACCAGAGUAUCCUGGAUGUGGGAUCCUUUCCUGUGACUAGUUGUAUUUUGGGUUUGCUUUCAGCGUAUGCCUUGCUAAGUCCAGAGAAUCAAAUGUGAGCUCAAAGGGAGCCACAGGUUAAUAAAAGUAAAUUAAGGUGAGCUCUGUAUCCAGUAUUAUUUCAGUGUGAGGGGAAAAUUGACAACCUACUUUAAUUCCAUUUUCUUUUGUAAUAGAAUAACUUCUCCCAUUUUGGCAUAAACAGUGACACUCCAAUGAUCUGAUCCUGUUACUCUUUAGAUUCAUUGUGAUGAAUCUAAAUUGUGAUGAAUCCCCCCUUUACCCAGGGCAUGACUGCAGUCAUGCAGGGAAUUCUUAACUUCAUGUUGCCUUCCCUUUGUUCAGUUUUAAAAUUUCUGUUGAAACCUGUAUACUAUCAGAGUAGUCGUUGCAGUUUUGCUUUUGAAAUGCAUGGUGAGUGUGAGCCAUAUGAUCUUUCCAGAUGCUGCUUAUUCAGGUCUCUUUUUUUGUUGAGGUGUGCAAGGGAAACCUUUUCCAUCUUUGUUUAUCAAGAGUGCUUGAACACCAAAGAUGAGCUGUCAUAGCUCAAGUAAAGACUGAUGUCCCAAAGGUAAGUAUUUUCAGUAGAGCAAAUGCGGUGAGAUGGAUAAGAUCUCUUGAUGUGAGCUCAGAGUAGUGCAAUAUAGAUUGGAACAAAAACAUCCAUUAGACCCGUUCUUCCAUCAGGCACUGAAAGGCUUAUGGUGUUUUGUAUUUAAUUUUCCUUAUGCUCCCCAUCUCUGUUUACUGCUUUUCUGACUAAUAAAGGGACUUGGAGCAGGAGAAAGGCAGGCUGAAUUUAUUUCAAGGAGCAAAAUUGUAAUGGCACCAAAUGCUUUAAGCCCACGUACAAAUUUGCUUUUGGAUAAGGGUGCUUGAUUUUUUAAACAUUAUCAAAGGUGCUGGAGCUGAGUAUUCUGCUUCACUGCGGCUGAAGGUUGUGGCUAAUCGAGCAGGUGUGCUUUUAAGAGUCAAAUAAGAGCAGACAAAAUUAGGCAAAUAUCAGGUCCUCGUGUCUCAGAUAAGCCAGCAGUUUCUCAUGUAAAAGGAUGUGUUGAUUUUACUGAAAAGGCAAACUAAGGGCUCUGUUGCAAGUAGAUACCUGUGAGUUUUGUUGCUAUGUCUUGAGUAAUGACAGUUUAGAGCUGUCACGCAACAUUUGCUCAGGCAAGCAACAGCAACAAAAAUAAGUUCUUAUUCCAUAUUACCUGUAGAUUAUUAACAAAGAAGGAGCUGAACACGUAACCAGGAGUCUGAAUCCUGUAGGACAAUGUCCUACCCAUGUUGCAGUCUGUUCUGCUGCUUGAGGAAGUAAUUGUUGGCAAGCUCUACUACCACUGCCAUAACUUGUGAAAACUGCUAUGAGGUCUCCCCAGAGACUUCUCUUCUUCAGGCUGAACAACCCCAGCUCUCUCAGCCUGUCUCCGUAGGAGAGGUGCUCCAGCCCCUAACCAUUUUAGUGGCCUUUCUCUGCACUUGCUCCAGCACUGAGUUCUGUGUCCUUCUUGUGCUGUGGGUGAGGCACUGAGCCGGGGUUUGCAUGUCCAGGAGCUUGGUACCCCCUCUUUAGGCUGUUCUGUUUGUUUGGGUUAGUGGGGUGUUUUUAACAGCACUAACGUGCUCCUUUGGAGGAGGAUGUAGGGUUAAGCUUUAGCUGUAUCUGUGGCUUCAUGGCAUGACUGCUCUGAAAAAUAAAUUCUCUUCAAUAAUAACCCCUCUCAGUGGUUCUGUAGUAGUACAUGAAUAAACAGUGUCAAGCUUACAAUAUAAGUUGAAAGUAAAAAGGCAGCAGGAAGAAGAAAUCAAAACACUCAUCUAUCACUUGACAACAUAAUUGCAGUCAUUGAUGAUAAACAAGCCGAGUUUAUUUCCCUUCAAAUACAAUACUUUUAAGUACCAUUACUCUGUCAUUAUAUGAGACCAAUAAAUAUUUUUGUUUGCCAUUUA